CUCUCUCGCUCUCUCUCUCACACAUAAUCUUUCCGUCGGAUAGAGUCCAGUCGCUGAAAGAAAACAAAACCACAACCAAAAAUUAUUAAUUUAAAAACGCAAAAAAAAAAAUAAAAAAAAUUCACACCCAUUUAUAUCAAAGUUCAAAACACAAUAUCUCAGAGAAAAGUUCUGAUGCUCUACACAAUCUCUCGAUCUCAUUUCCAUUCGCCCACCUCUUUCUCUCUCCAAAAUGUUACAAUCGCCGCAAGAAUGAUUCGAGGAUGAUUUAAUACUUUUCUGAAGCGAAUUUGUGUUUUUUUUGGAAGUAAAAUGAUAUUGUUAGGUGAUGUAAUGUGAAAAUUAGGGUUUUUGUUAUUGAAUUGGAUUGGGAGAAUUGAUGGGGAAUAAAUUGGGGAGGAGGAGGCAAGUGGUGGAUGAGAAGUAUACGAGGCCACAAGGGUUGUAUCAGCACAAGGAUGUGGAUCAGAAGAAGCUUAGGAAGCUCAUACUCGACUCCAAGCUCGCUCCUUGCUAUCCUGGUGACGAAGAAUGUGGCUGUGAUCUUGAGGAAUGCCCUAUUUGUUUCUUGUAUUAUCCCAGUCUCAAUCGCUCGAGGUGUUGCACGAAAGGAAUUUGUACAGAGUGUUUUCUGCAGAUGAAAACCCCUAAUUCAACGCGUCCUACUCAAUGUCCCUUUUGUAAAACUUCAAAUUAUGCUGUGGAGUACCGGGGCGUGAAAACAAAGGAGGAAAAGGGCAUGGAGCAAAUUGAAGAACAACGAGUUAUAGAAGCAAAAAUAAGGAUGCGGCAACAGGAACUUCAGGAUGAAGAAGAGAGGAUGCAGAAACGACAAGAGAUAAGUUCAACAAGCAGAGCCAUUGGACCAAGCGACGUUGAGAAUAACUCAGUAGCAGUGCCUUCUUUUACUGCUACCGUGGAGGGUGAGGAUAUUGUUCCUUCUCAAGACUCAUGUACUGGUCUGACAGCCAGACAACCACUCCGCUCUCGGCAGAACAGGGACGAUGAAUUUGACCUUGAUCUUGAGGACAUAAUGGUUAUGGAAGCGAUAUGGCUGUCCAUUCAGGAGAAUGGCAGACCUGGAAAUCCAGUCUAUAGUGAUGCUGCUCCAUCAGAACAAUACAUAGCAGAAGAUCGCUGCAUUUCAGCAGCCAUUGCCCCGAUGGCAGAAUCAUCAUCAUCCCCUUCUGGUGGUCUUGCUUGUGCAAUUGCUGCCCUUGCCGAGCGUCAGCAAAUGGGUGGUGAAUCCUCCAAUAACUACACUGGAAACAUGUCUGCAUACCACAUGCUCCCUGAAAGUAGCAGAUUUUCCGGUAGGGAGGAGCAAGUGACCGGAAGUUAUACUCCUGCAGGGAGCUCCAUUGAAGUGCCACCUGAUAGCCGGCUGGCAAUGACCGGGGAUGAUGGACAAUGGGGGGUAGAUCACGGAUCUGAGGUAGCUGAAGUAGGAACCAGCGACGCAAGUUCUGAUACAGCAGAAGAGGGUUGUAGAAACAGUGCAUUCCCAUCCCAAGAUGAAAUGGAGGGCGGUUUUCAACCCGUUGCAGGCCCUAUUGUUCCAGAGAGUUUUGAGGAGCAGAUGAUGCUAGCCAUGGCUGUUUCGCUAGCUGAGGCUCGAGGUAGGACAACUACACCAGGAGUUGCUUGGCAUUAGUCCAAGUGUAACCCAGAAAAUGGUAGCCAUAAGCCAUGACUUUUUCGCAGCUGAUGCUCCUGCUUGGACAAGUCCACCAGGACUUGCAUGGCUUCAGUUCAUCAAUGCUCUCUCUCUUAUAGAUAUGUAAACAGAAGCAGAAAGAUGAUUCUAGUUAAUGGAAGUGUUGGUUGUGCCAUUCCCAUGAUGUAAAAAUACCAGAUGAACAAAGCAAAAUAGUAGGAACGUUACCUGCAACUUUGAAGGCGAAUUGUCUGGAUAUACACGCUAUGCUUAAUUGAUUGUAUGGAGGCAACCAAUCUUUAAGAAAGGUUUCCAUGAGUAUUAC